AUGUUUGCAAUCUUCAAGAAAUCAGGAAUAUUCAUCACUGUCUACCGUCAUGGCUUUCUUCUGACCAUAUGUGACAUGGUUUGGAGUGGUGAACUUAUGAAAUACCCGAUUGCGAGCCUCAACAAACUAAUGGAAGUUUUCGGGAAGAAUAUUCUUUAUGGCUACGACAUCAAAUGUGCGCUUGAGAAGAUCUUGCCCCGCAGCUCCUUGGCAAAUCACAUCAAAGAACUCAACCUUCAUGGUGUGGUUCCUGCCUUUCAUGGUCAUGCUCACAAUCGCCUUUGCCAGGUCCAACACCAUUCCAAGUACAAGGUUGGCGCCAGUAAAGAAGAUUUUGAGACUUGUGAACGUGUAUUUUCAGAGUCUAAUGCUCUAGCACCUGAAACUUGGAACACUACCGAAUUUCAUCACCACCAAGCUCUCGAUGAACAUUUUCACUUUGCUGAUAUGGACAAAUAUGCUAACCUGUGUAUGUCCUAA